UGCUGUGAGGGCAAGGCCUGAAAGCACAUCACACCAUGCAUGCAUGAAAAUGCCUUGGACCCCUAUGCUGAUUCAAAGGACAUGCUGGACCAUUUGAAAACGAUCUACAGCGAUCCAAACUGUGUUACCUGUCAUGGAGCAUGGACACUCGUUAGCUAUAUAGCAUGUCCGAUUACUUUGACCCGUUUGGCGUAGGACAUUCACUGAGCCUCGCUUAAAC